AUGGCUUCUUCUACACCCAAAGUCAUCCUCCCCGAGAAGGGCAAGAAGAAUAUCCUCAUCACCUCCGCGCUACCCUAUGUGAACAACGUUCCUCACUUGGGGAACAUCAUCGGCAGUCUGCUGAGCGCCGACGUCUUCUCGCGAUACAGCAAGCAGCGGAAUCGACCGACCCUCUACAUCUGCGGAACCGACGAGUAUGGCACCGCAACCGAGACCAAGGCCCUCGAGACCAAGCAGACUCCCCAGGAGCUUUGCGACGAGUUCCACCACAAGCACAAGGCCAUCUACGACUGGUUCGAAAUCGGCUUCGACUACUUCGGCCGCACCACCACCAAGAAGCAGACCGAGAUCGUCCAGGAUAUCUUCUUGAAGCUGCACAAGAACGGCUAUCUCGAGGAGCGCACCACCACCCAGCCCUACUGCGAGCACCCCGACCACAAGGCCUUCUUGGCCGACCGCUUCGUCGAGGGAACCUGCCCCAAGUGCCAGUACGACGAUGCCAGAGGCGACCAGUGCGACAAGUGCGGAAACCUGCUCGACCCCCUCGAACUCAUCAACCCCAAGUGCAAGGUCGAUGGAUCGACCCCCGUCCCGCGCGAUACCACACACAUCUUCCUGUUGCUGGACAAGCUGUCCCCCAAGGUCACCGAAUGGUUCGAGAAGUCGAGCCAAGAGGGGCUCUGGUCCUCCAACGGCGUCAGCAUCACCAAGUCAUGGCUGAACCGAGGUCUUGAGGGCCGAAGUAUCACUAGAGAUCUCAAGUGGGGUGUGCCGGUACCUCUAGAAGGCUACGAGAACAAGGUCAUCUAUGUGUGGUUCGACGCUUGCAUCGGAUACCCCUCCAUCACGGCGAACUACACGGACGAGUGGGAGCAAUGGUGGCGCAACCCCGAGGACGUCAAGCUGUACCAGUUCAUGGGCAAGGACAACACCCCCUUCCACACGGUCAUUUUCCCCGCUUCCCAGCUCGGAACUGACGAUAAGUGGACUCAGCUGAACACCCUAUCCACCACUGAGUACUUGAACUACGAGACGGGCAAGUUCUCAAAGUCGCGAGGUGUUGGUGUCUUCGGAGACACGGCGCAAGAGAUUGGAAUCCCUCCCUCUGUCUGGCGUUAUUACCUCCUGGCCAGCAGACCCGAGACUGGUGACACCCAGUUCCUCUGGGCCGACUUUGUCGCCGCCAACAACAACGAGCUUCUGGCCAACUUUGGUAAUUUCUGCAACCGUGUGAUCAAGUUUGUCAAUGCCAAAUUUGAGGGCGUCAUCCCCGAGUUCUCGGCAUCCUAUACUGACGACACCUUUGACUUCCCCGGCUGGAUUGCUGAAGUCAACGCGGUGCUCAAGGAGUACAAUGAUCUCAUGGAGGGCGUUCACCUGAGAGCAGGUGUCAAGAAGUUGAUGGAGCUCAGCUCCAAGGGCAACAACUUGUUGCAGUACCGCCUGGAUAAUGCCGCUCUGGCUGAGCACCCUGAGCGUACAAAGACCGUCGUCGGUCUGGCCCUCAACCUCUGCAGCUUGCUCGCUUCGGUCUCGUCGCCAUACAUGCCCGCAACCGCGAAGUCGAUCACCGAGCAACUCAACACACAGCUCGCUUUCAUCCCUGAUACCUUUGAAGCUGAGGCGCUCAAGUCUGGCCACAAGAUUGGAAAGGCUGCCUAUCUGUUCUCGAGAAUUGACGAGAAGAAGAUCGCCGAGUGGAAGGAGAAGUACGGUGGCACACAGGCUUCGCGUGCUGCUGAGGAAGCCGCCAAGAAGAAGAAGCAGGAAGAUAAGGAGCGUAAGAAGGCCCGCAAGGCUGAGAAGAAGGCCGCCGAGGCUGCUGCCACUACCUCUGCGGACCAGCCCAAGAUUGACGGCACCGUCAAGAACCUCCCCAUCAGACAAAAGGUGCUUGACACCGAAGGUCCCUUGACAACUGGUGCAAGUGUCGUUCCAGAGUCCACUGCACCGAAGUCUGACUAA